UCGUCUCGAUCACGUGACAUGUCACCUCAGUCGGGCCCGACAGAGGAACAGAAAAGUUUGGGAAGCUUCUUCGGAAAGGGAAAAACGCCCAACGAGGAGACGGAAGAAGAGGCUACGACUUCUAAGAGAAGCUGCAUUUAAAAGAACAUUUCUGGAGUCCUACUUAUCGCCACAGGUGACUUUGACGCGUCAACCAUAGCCGACUUUGCAUAUGUGGCGACAGGCUAGCUAACGAGGCUAACGAGUCUUCAAAACUACUUCGGCACAUGGAGACCAAGCAUCCUGCAUUAAAAGACAAACCUUAACCACUUUGGGUGUCAUUGUCUCCGAUUACGCCUAGAUGGGAUCGUUUCUGAGAAGCAAGCUCUGUGCUCAUGAAAGAUUUUGCACCGAAAAACUUUAUUUGCCUCACUUGGACCAUCAUCUAUACUCUUCAAAGGGAACUUGGUGAUAUCCUUCUCCUGCUCCUCCUUUUUGAUGUUAUGGGGCUCUUCUUCCUCCUCUCUGAUACAAGGAUCCUCCUCCACUUUUAUGCUGUAAUGAUACUUCUGCUCCUUUUGUUCAUUGAAGUAGCGCACCUCUUUGUCCACCUCUUCCUCUUUAAUGUGGAGGCGCUCUGCAAGACAAGUCCAGAGUAGUACCAACAAUUUUGUUCGUGUGUAUAUACACUAAAGAUGACAGGCUUGGACAUAGAAAAUGACACAAUAUUGGAAAUGGCUUGCAUGAUCACAGACUCCAAUUUGAACGUUUUGGCUGAAGGACCUAAUUUGAUAAUAAACCAGUCCAAUGAACAACUGGAAUCCAUGUCAGAGUGGUGCAAGGAGCAUCAUGGCAAGUCUGGUCUGACAGAGGCAGUACGACGCAGUCAAACCACCCUGGGACAAGCAGAGGAUGAAUUUCUGUCAUUUGUUAGACAACACACGCCAGCUGGACAAUGUCCUCUAGCUGGAAAUUCUGUGCAUGGAGAUAAAAGGUUCCUAGAAAAAUAUAUGCCUCAGUUCAUGAAUCACCUCCACUACAGAAUAAUUGACGUCAGCACCAUUAAGGAGCUUUGCAGGAGGUGGUUUCCAGUGGAAUAUAAGAUGGCGCCACCUAAGAAAGCAACCCACAGAGCCUUGGAAGACAUCAGGGAGAGCAUAAUAGAGCUGCAGUACUACAGAGCCAGCAUCUUCAAAGCCGCCAUUGAGAAAUAGCUCAAGAUUGUUUAAAUCUGUAGCAGUAUCACUAAUUUGGCAACAUUCAAGAUCUAUUGUAGGCAAUGAAUCUUUUCAAAUGGCGUGUAACUAAACUGAGGAAUUCCAUCUGGUGUGACAACCAUGUUGAAAUACAAAGCAGCACUAAUUUUAAGAAAAAUCUAUUAUUUUUCUCAAAUUAUCGGUCUCAAUAACCUGUUGUCUGUUCACUCACUCGGUCGUAAACGGGAAAUUCGUGAAGGGGAAGUUACGUCACUGACUCGUAAAGUCCCGCCUCCAUCUAACGCUCGCUGCUGAUUGGUCGUUCGCGAAGAUUCACGAGUGAGUGACAGACAGAAUUGGUGCUAUCCCAGCCGACACGUUUUAUUUUGUAUUUGUUGGUUUGUAGUUGAUGGUGUGUUUUUUUUAUCCCGAAUGUGUUUUUGUUUGAUUUAAAGGUUGGGGGAAAAAAAAAACGUUAUGCCGACAUUUGUUAUUUUGGGGGACACUUUCGUUAUUCUAGGUUCCUUCAUUCUGCAUAUUUUGCACGUGUAAGGUUCUGUGACAUUUGCAAACUGUCACCACUAGAGAAGCUGUUGAUUCAGUGUUUGUGAGUUGACGAUCUGUCAACUAAGGAAAGUUGAGCUUUAAUGAAUAUAAGAAUUGGUGCAGUUAUUUUUUCCCUAGAUGAUGAUGUUUUUCUUAUAUCUCUGCUGAGGAAAUAUCAAAUUAUAAAAAUACAAAUUAUAACUUAAACAAUAACUGGCAAUCACGAAUUUAUGUAUAAAAACUAUUAAGAUUUUUUUUUUUUAAACGAUUAAGAAGUUCUUGAAUGAGUAUGCGCCCUGGUGACAAAACAGCGAGCCUCAGCGUCUGUCAACAUAUUUGGGCGUUACAAUAUGUUGUAACUGAAUGACUUGUUUCAUGACUUGCACAACUGAAGUAAAGAUUCGCCUUUU